UCCUCCAGUGGCUUUGUUGUCAAUGUCUUAAACAUUGAAAUAUAACGUGUUUCAACAUCCAUGCUGUAAAAGACACAAUUCGGGAAGAAAUUUUAACUACAUCACCUAAACAAAUUUGUUGUUGAAAGCUUUUAUGCUCCAGUUCUUUUCAUUUUAUUGCAUUUUUUAAAAUCUUUGUACAUUUCUGUAGUUUGUAUCUUAACUUUGAUGGUUCAGCACAACUGGCCUUUGAGUUGAUGCUUGUUUAAUUUUUUCCAAGUACUGUGUUAAUGUAGCAUAUAAAGUUUUAACCAAUAUUUUCUGAAGUGCCAAGGAGUUUGAUUUAUGUAAUUGCUGUGUCCUGAUUUGCUGUAUGAGUAGGAGUCUGGUGAAGCCAGCGAAAAUGGCAGUGGAGAAGAGGUUAGCCUUUUCAAUUGUGCAGUUCCUCCGUGACCAGACAAACCGUGGGACUUUGAACUCAGAUGAACAAGAAAGUCUUGAAGUUGCAAUACAAUGUCUGGAGACCACAUUCAAGAUCAACUCCAGUGACAGCCACCUGGCCGUGCCCCUGCCGCUCAAAGAGAUCUUCCUCAACUCCAUCUUCAAGAAUGACAAUGUGUCAUUAUCAGACUUUUCUCCAUCACCAGAAGACACUGAGAGGGCAGAGCAGCUUAAGAAUGAAGGGAACAACCACAUGAAGGAGGAGAAUUAUACUUCUGCCGUGGAAUGCUACACAAAGGCCAUCGACCUGGACCUGAGAAAUGCAGUCUACUACUGUAACAGGGCUGCUGCACACAGCAAACUGGGCAACUACACAGAGGCAACAGUUGACUGUGAGAGAGCAAUUGGGAUUGAUCCCACCUACAGUAAAGCCUAUGGAAGAAUGGGGCUGGCCCUGACAGCCAAGCACAAGUACCCUGAGGCCAUCACUUAUUUCAAGAAGGCACUGCUGCUGGACCCAGAUAACGACACCUACAAAUCCAACCUGAAGAUUGCUGAGCAGAAGCAGAAGGAGGCCUCCAGUCCUACAGCCACUGGACUGGGUUUUGACAUGGCCAGUCUUAUCAACAACCCUGCCUUCAUUAGCAUGGCUGCCAGUGUGAUGCAAAACCAACAGGUGCAGCAGCUGAUGUCGGGGAUGAUGUCUAAUGCAGUCGGUGGGCCAGCUGCGGGAGUGGGUGGGCUGUCGGACAUAUCCAGCCUCAUUGAAGCAGGACAGCAGUUUGCCCAGCAGAUCCAGCAGCAGAACCCGGAGCUAAUUGAGCAGUUGAGGAACCACAUCCGGAGCCGGUCAUUCAGUGGCAGCGCAGAGGAGCACUCCUGACUCUCAAAGGGGAGGGGUCAACACAAGGAAAGUGACCGCAAUCUCAGCACUCAUUGUUUAACAGAAAACCAUCAGCAGGGCUGGAGUGAUGUGUCAGUCAGAGGUGGGGGGGAAGGGUUAGCACUUCACUGUGACAUGAAAGCUUCAGGAAGGGUGGAAAUGAAGGAAAAGGAAUUGCACACACUGUUAAUCUAACACAUUACAAAAACCCAUUUAGUUGACAGAGAAGACUGUCCAUCGUAUCUCACUCUGGUAACAUUAAAAUGGUUUUAAGUGUGGUUCCUAUGUCGUGUCAACGUGCAUCUUGUGUCUGCUACUCUUACCAGGACUGUAGCUGUAAGUAGCAUAUAAUAGCAGGGUUAACAAUCUCACUUUUUUCCACAUAGGAAAAUGGAUUUUAAAAUUAUUUUUAUUUCCUAUAUUAUUUUAGGGAAAGAAUAUGUUGUAUAGGAGGACCAUUGAUGUAUUUUCUCAAUAUAACUGAUAUGAACUAGAAUGAGAAAGUGGUGUGCUAAGGGUCCCCGAGGACCAGGUUUCAUCAUCCAACACAUUAUUAUGUGAUUUCAUGUUGAAAUAUAACCACCAGAAUGUGGAUUAUUAGUAGCAUAUAGGAACAGCAAGCAUCCAUUAUAGACUGGGUAACAGUCUAAAAAUGAUGCUUGCACUUUACUAUAUUUGCAUAGAAUCUUGCACAGCUCUCAUUUUGUGCCAUUUUUCCUCUUAACCCGAUGCCAGUAACUAGAACUACAACAAUCUUGGAAUUACUCAUUGCUUCUGCCUUCUUUAUUUUGCAUGCUUCCCAAUAAGACCUGAAAUUAGUACAAUGGAAAGAAAGUGGAAGGGUAUGCUUGCAAAGCAGAUGGCCAAAUGCAACAUUGUGUAUUGUCGGAACUGAAAUCUUGCAAUAUGUUAAU